AUAAAUUUGACGUCACUUCCUAUCCCGGCCUCUUUUUACCGUGAGGUACGGAUCUCCAUACGGCGUUGUCUCGUGCUCUCCCACUAAACUCGUAACGCAGGGAAAGUGGUCACGAUGUCCGGAGGUCUGGAUGUGCUGCAGAUGAAGGAGGAGGAUGUGCUGAAGUUCCUGGCAGCAGGAACCCAUCUGGGAGGAACCAACAUGGACUUCCAGAUGGAGCAGUAUGUCUACAAGAGAAAGACUGAUGGUGUGUACAUCAUCAACCUGAGGAGGACCUGGGAGAAGCUGUUGCUGGCGGCCAGAGCCAUCGUGGCCAUCGAAAACCCCGCCGAUGUCUGUGUGAUCUCCUCCAGGAACACAGGACAGAGGGCUGUGCUGAAGUUUGCUUCCGCCACUGGUGCCACCACUUUCCACGGCCGCUUCACCCCCGGAACGUUCACCAAUCAGAUUCAGGCGGCCUUCAGGGAGCCCCGCCUCCUGAUUGUGACAGAUCCUCGCGCCGACCACCAGCCGCUGACUGAGGCGUCCUACGUGAACAUCCCCACCAUCGCCCUGUGCAACACUGACUCCCCGCUCAGAUAUGUGGAUAUCGCCAUCCCCUGCAACAACAAGGGUCACCACUCUGUGGGUCUGAUGUGGUGGAUGUUGGCCAGGGAGGUGCUGAGGAUGAGGGGCACCAUCUCCAGGGAGCACCCCUGGGAGGUCAUGCCUGAUCUCUACUUCUACAGAGACCCUGAGGAGAUUGAGAAGGAGGAGCAGGCAGCAGCUGAGAAGGCUGUUGGCAAGGAGGAGUUCCAGGGUGAAUGGACUGCCCCGGCUACUGACUUCGCCCAGCCUGAGGUGGCCGACUGGUCUGAGGGCGUCCAGGUGCCCUCUGUGCCCAUCCAGCAGUUCCAAGGUGCCGUUGAGGCUGCACCUAAGGUCCCUGCUGAAGGCUUUUCUACAGAGGACUGGAGUGCCCAGACUGCCACCGAGGACUGGGCUGCUCCCACUGCUCAAGCCUCUGACUGGGGUGGCGCCAGCUCUGAAUGGCCUUAAAUCCA